UCUCCGCUGAAGACCGAAGCACCGACACACCGACUGAACGAGCGCCCCUCAGUUUCAUCGGCUUACUUUGCUGGCAGAUGAUGGCUCAGCGCCGGACGGUUUGGACCGGGCUCCUCGUCCUCCUGACUGCCCGUCUUCCAGUCAUUAUCCAGUCUUUAAGCCACCUGAGCUUCAAUGCAUGCAAGUGGUGUGAGGCGUCCAGUCCAGUGUGCAAAGACAGCAUCUGCUUUAGUAACUGCAACUUGACCUCUUUCUGUACCGCCACCGAAGAGAUCUGCAUUGCUAUAUGGAGGAAGACAAAUGACACAAUGACGGUGCACACGAUGUGUCACCACCCAAAGCUGCUACUGGAUAGUGUUGACCCUGAGCUGCUGCUGACCUUCACUUCCAGGGAGUGUCACAUGGUCCCACAGCCUGCAGAUGAUGCCAUGAUGGUCUGUGGAUGCCGGGGUGAACACGAAUGUAACGACAAACUUGUCUUCGACAAGGGAGCCAAUGGAUUCUCACGGCUCCAAAGUAAGGAUGUGAUCCCCGUGGUGGUGGUUAGUUUGGUGCCUCCUAUCCUGGUGGCUAUAGCUGCCAUUGCUGCCUUCUAUUUCUACCGCAUACGCCGUCCUGACAAACCAGCUCCAUCUGCAUGCCCCGACUGGCCCGCCAAACGCACCCCUGAGCUCUACCAGGCCUUGGACCUACCAUGUGGUGGCCUGGGUGCUCAGGGAGAAGGUGGAGGAGGAGGUGUGACAGAUGCCGAAGGGGAUGAGUCUAACACCAAGGUGCAACCUCUUAACAAUGACACUGUCAGUGGUAUGACCGAUUGGCAGGGCCAACCGGCUGAACUGCUGCCUAUCAAACUAGAUGUGCUGGUGGGGAAGGGGCGCUUUGCUGAAGUGUGGAGGGGACGCCUGCUACAGGGUGAGAAAGGUGGCGUUAACAGUUACGAAACCGUGGCAGUGAAGGUGUUUCCAGCCUUGGAGUACGCCUCAUGGAGAAACGAGUGCUCCAUCUUUGCUGACCCUGAGCUACAGCAUGACAAUGUGGUUCAGUUCUUAGCAGCUGAGGAAAGGGGCCUGUCAGGCCACACCCCCCGCACCUACUGGCUGGUUUUGGCCUAUCACAGCCUUGGAAAUCUGCAGGACUUUCUCACAGCUAACAUACUGAGCUGGGAAGAACUUGUUGUUAUGGCAGGCAGCAUUGCUAAAGGAUUGGCUCAUCUUCAUAGUGACACAACACCUAGUGGACUACCAAAGGUGCCAGUUGCUCAUCGGGACCUGAAGAGCAGUAACAUUGUGGUAAAGAGCAGGAAGGAGUGUGCGCUGUGUGACUUUGGUCUGGCUUUAAGACUGGACCUUUCCCUUACAGUCGAUGACUAUGCCAACAGUGGACAGGUGGGGACAGCUCGCUACAUGGCUCCUGAGGUCCUUGAGUCCAGGGUGAACCUGGAGGAUCUCGAGGCCUUUAAACAGAUGGAUGUUUAUUCCAUGGCUCUGGUCCUGUGGGAGAUGGCCUCUCGCUGCCACUCCAUUGGAGAGGUGAAGAGCUACGAGCCUGCAUUUGGCUCCAAGGUUUGCGAGCAGCCCUGUGUGGACAGCAUGAGAGACCUGGUGCUGAGAGACCGAGGACGCCCGGACAUCCCCCCAGCAUGGAUGCAGCACCAGGGGAUGAACAUCUUCUGUUCCACCAUCACUGAAUGCUGGGAUCACGACCCUGAGGCCAGGCUGACGGCUCACUGCGUGGUGGAGCGCUUCAGCGCCCUGGAGCUGGCGGAAGAUGAUGAGAGGGUGGGAGGUGAGGAGGAGGAGGAAGAGGAGGAAGGAAGGCAGGAGUAAGAAGAGUAGGUGAAACUCAGGCAAGAGGAUGAAGCAGAGAGAAAAAAGGGAGCAGGAGAAGCCUGACACGACGAGACCCACUCCUUCUCCUUGUGCUCCAUCUCCUCUCUUUUCUUCCAGGCUGAAAGGGCGGCACGGAUGCAUUCUGAUUCCCUGCUUCACAAUGGAUCCCUCUUUAUGAGCCUUACUUCAUCCCAUUGUGGCUGUGUUUACAUUGUCAGAGUAACCUUGGUUUUUCUGCUUAUCUUCAGUGAGACAGAGAAGGGACUAAUAAGUCACUAAAACUGGCAAGAAAAUAAACUAGAGUUACAGAAGUGCAGUUUUUGACUGUCUAGAAAUUUGCUACAAUACCUAAGAACAUCUAAUAGCUCAGUAUUAGCAUAUGAGUGUACCGCUUCAAAACAUGCAACUUGUCUCAGUUGGUCCAGAUGGCAAAGACAGAAGUCUCUUCCUGAUGCAGAUCCAGUUUAAGGGGAUGAAAUUUAAAUCAGCCACAGUGGAUGGGGAAUGAACCACCACAACGGCUCCUGAAAGGAGUGAACCUCGGUUUCCCACGAGCCCUGGACCCCACCAAUGCUGAUGGAAGACAGGUGUUGAGAAGGCAACGAUUAGGAGCUAAAAUGAAUGAAUACAUGAUUUUUUAGCCGUGCUGAUGGAAAUGCCACUUAAAUCUUCCACGUUGGUGCAGACUGGAAUAUGUCAAAACGGAAGCUGAUUCUACACUAAAUGUUAAACUGCUCGUCUUGUUCCCUGGUGUCUUCUGGAGGAAUUUUAAGUAGUGUUAACUUUCCCACAUGAAAUGUGAAGAAAAGGAGUUAAAAGUGUCCCACAAUGAUGAAAAAAUAAAUAGAAGAAAAUGGUGGGAAAUCUAGUAUGACAAAAAAAAACUGCUGUGUGUGCAAACGUUUUGUAUGGAACUGAAACUGUACUACCAACCCAGCGGUCACAUUGUUGCCAUUUUAUAUACACCUAUGGAGGACAAUCAUAAAGAAAUGAAUUGCCCCAAAUUUUAUAUACAUUGUUAGGUUUUAUAGUUUCUGGGAUAUUUCAAGCACACCCCCCUCCCGGUGCCAUUGUUUCCUUGGGCACCGAAGAUGACCGGCACUCUCAUGUUUCUCGUGCAGUGAUCUGCCAGUGUGAAUGCAGCCGUUGGCGCCCAACAGAGAGACUGUGUGUUUAUUACAAAUCACAAAGUGUUUGCUCUUUGUUGCUUCCUGGAUUUUUCUGGCAGAAGACCAGAGGGCACAGAAAUAAGCCAAAGACUUUGACUUAAAUGAUAGACCUGCUUUUGUUGGGGAUGCGACACCUGAAACAGUCAGAGAUCUGCUGGCAGAGAUGCUGCACGCUCAACUGUUUGAACAAUGAUUCAUUUUGUUGGAGCUGGUCUCCGUCUUGUCAUGGUAUUAUUCUUUUAUAGUGGCUGUAAUAUGUGACAUAUACUAUAACCUAUUAAUGUAGGUUAUGUGACUAUAAUCUACAUUUAUGAAUAAACGAGAGAAAAAAA